AUGGCUGACCAGUUUCACGGGAACGGGAGGUUUGAGCACCAGAACGGAGACUUCUACGAAGGCGAGUUUGACACCGGAGCCGCACACGGCAAAGGCACGUACCAGCAGAUUGGGGGUGCAAAGUACGUCGGCGAGUGGCAGCAGGAUCAGAAGCACGGCUUCGGCGAGGAAGCUUGGCCUGAUGGUACCAGGUACUCAGGCUACUAUGUGCGGGGAGAGAAGUCCGGCUAUGGAGAGCUGCUGUGGGCCGAUGGGUCUUCUUACCGUGGAGGCUUCUUGAAGAAGCAAAUCCACGGCGAAGGCGAAUAUAUUUGGGCGGACGGGCGGCGCUUUCGGGGACAGUGGGUGGCGAAUCAGAUGCAUGGAGCAGGCACAUUCGGUUGGCCUGACGGUCGCUCCUACCAGGGCGAGUACUACUACGACAAGAAACACGGAGAAGGCGCUUUUGAGUGGUCCGACGGCCGAAGGCAGGGCAAAUCUGAAGAUACCACAGACUUCAACCCGUCUAUGGACUCUUUCGCGAACCUUUGA